AUGGGAUUAUUUGGUUUUCACAAGCGAUCAUCAUCAAAGGAUUCGGCGUCUGAAAUUCUAUCAUCGCAAUCAUCGAGCAAGUCUAUACGGUCCUCAUCACCGAAAGCAAAGAUCAAAUCCAUUCUCCAUAAAGAGAAAGAGAAAGACAAAGAGAAAGAGAGGGAAGUUGAGGAGGAUCGAGAACUGGGGAUUGAUGCUAGAUUGGAGAAUUUAAACAUACUGCCCGAAUCUGCGGCUGCAACGCUGAAACAUGAUGGCGAGCGAGUGCACCAUGUCAACCAAUAUGGAAAAAGAGUGAGCACGAUGGUGGAGCGUGACGACGACGACGACGACGACGACGACUACGACUACGACUACGACUACGACGAUGGUGACGAUGACGAAGACUUGACCUCCCAAGGCGAACUGGACUCGGGCAGCAACUCCACCAGUCUGAGUUUGGCUGUGGAUCACUUGCAUCCGAUAAAGCCAAAAUACGACGGAACUCAUCACUACCUAGGUGAGCAGUUGUCGACCAUCAUGGGCUACUGCGGAUUGAAAUGGGACAGUGGCCACGCAAUUGAGCAGGCUAUAAAAGAGAGCAAGAAAACGUAUUCUUUGCUAAGCAAAAACACCAUGAUAAGGAAGACUUCCAAGUCUUGCCAUGAUUCAGAAUCAGUCAUUGGAAGGUACCAGAUCGAAUUUAUUCAAAAGAUGUCUUUGAAACUCGAAGAACUAAUGAGUGGAAGGAACUGGGCAGCAUUGGCAACAGAAAAGUCCUUGUAUCAAAGAUACGGGGUUGUUCAAGCCGUGAUAGGGAAGGGCUCUUAUGGCGUGAUCAAGCUCAUUGAGCCUGAUGUCCGCAAUCCAAGUAGCCGUGAGGAUAUAAAGUUUUCCAAAAAACCUUUGUACGCGGUCAAAGAGCUCAAGCGCAGAAAAGACGAGAAUAACGACAAGUAUAUCCAGCGUGUCCUUUCCGAGUUUGUCAUUUCGUCGACAUUGAACAACAGACAUAUGGUAGAGACGGUUGACUUGAUGGGCACGGAAGCCGUGUCAGAGUUGAAAAUAAGCCAGGUGAUGAGGUGCAGUAAAGGAGGCGACUUGUUCUCUUACAUGCUAACUGGAUCAUCCGUUGACGGUCAUCCCGUUACUAAAAUGUCUUUAUUCGAAGUUGACUGUUUGGCGAAGCAAAUCGCGAAAGGUGUACGCUACAUGCACGCACACGGCGUGUCCCACUGCGACUUGAAGCUAGAGAAUAUAUUGUUGAACUACGAAGCCGAGAACCACCAUUCUUGUGACGGAAGAAUGCUCGUGAAAUUAAGCGACUUUGGGAAGUCUUUUGUCUUCAAAACUGAGCUAGAUCCAUCCGAACAGAUGCUCACGGGCAGAAAGGGCUUGAUAGGUUCAGAGCCCUAUAUCCCACCGGAGGAGUUUGCAUGUGUCGAGACACUGCGGUCGUAUUCCUCAGUCAAGAAAGACUGCUGGGCACUUGGAAUUGUUAUUUUGGUGUUGCUAAACUUGCGAAGGCAUUGCUACACUGCUGCGAAAAGACUUCUGUCCAACAACACUGCCGAUUCCUUGCUGGAGCUGGACGGAUACGGUUCCGGGUUCUUAUGGCGGUCUACGGAGUUGAAAAGCGGUUCAAAAAGGAAAAAACUCGUUUACAAGGACAAGGUAUUUGAAGAAUAUGCUGAAAAAAGAUUGAUGGCUGAUUACAACGCCACGACCAAAGAUUGGCUCAUAAAGAGGCGAGCAACCUUUUCCCCAAUUGAUAGUAUCUGCCAGCUUCUACCGUCCCGAUCGAGUGCGUUCGACGACACGGUAGGACUGGGAAAAGCGGGUAACAAUGGUGGUGGUGGUAACGGUGGUGGUGGCGGUAGCGGUAGCUGGGACAAUGACGAUGAAGCCCAUGAAUUGGACGAAUUACGGGUGAUGGUACUUUACAAGCUACUAGACAUCGACCCCACAACAAGAAUGAGUGCUGAAGAGUUCCUUAAAAGUGACUGGAUGACCGCCACCGAGGCAUGCUACGGCUAA